GGGCAGCCGCGACCUGCGCAGUGGCCGCGGAUGCAAAGCCGCGCAGCCUGCGUUUCCAGCCGGGCCCCUUUCGCGGCCGGGAGCCGGACAUGGCCGCCCCCAGCGCUGCGGGCCCGGGAGCCUCCACGCCUUCGCGUUCCUGACAGCGCCCGGCUUCUGCGCGCCCCGGGCUGUCUCCGCAGACAUGUUCGCCAAGGCCUUUCGGGUCAAGUCCAACACGGCCAUCAAGGGGUCGGACAGGAGAAAGCUUAGAGCUGAUGUGACAGCUGCCUUCACCACCCUUGGAACAGAUCAGGUCUCUGAGUUAAUACCUGGAAAGGAGGAGCUCAACAUUGUGAAGUUGUACUCUCACAAAGGCGAUACGGUGACUGUGUAUGCCAGUGGUGGCAACCCUAUCCUGUUUGAACUGGAGAAAAAUCUGUAUCCUACAGUGUACACACUAUGGUCCUAUCCGGAUCUUCUGCCGACCUUCACAACAUGGCCUCUGGUCCUUGAAAAACUGGUAGGGGGAGCAGAUUUGAUGCUGCCAGGACUAGUGGUGCCCCCUGCUGGUCUGCCUCAGGUACAGAAGGGCGACCUCUGUGCCAUUGCCUUGGUGGGGAACAGAGCCCCUGUAGCGAUUGGAGUGGCUGCCCUGUCCACCACUGAGAUGCUGGCUGCGGGCCUGAAGGGAAGGGGCUUCUUGGUGCUACACACUUACCAGGACCACCUGUGGCAAUCUGGAGACAAGUCCUCUCCACCAUCCAUUGCUCCAUCGGUGCAGGAUACCACCGAUGUCAGUGAAGAGAAGGUGCAGGAAGACAUGAAGGGCCUGGCCUUGCAGGGAGCAGAAGAUGGGAAAGGGGAGGCCAAUCAGGCAGAUGGGGAAAAGUCCCUCCCAGAAACCUCAGAAGAUGGCAGCGCUCAGGACCUGAGCCCAGGCCCCACUGAUGGCAAAUCGAAGCAAGAGCAAAUGGAUGACCUGUUACAGCAGUGCUUCCUGCAGGCCUUGAAGUGCCGAGUCAAAAAGGCUGACCUCCCGCUCCUCACAAGCACGUUCCUUGGCAGCCACAUGUUCUCCUGCUGCCCUGAAGGACAACAGCUGGACAUAAAGAAAUCGAGCUAUAAAAAGCUCUCUAAGUUCCUGCAGCACAUGCAACAGGAGGAGAUUGUACAGGUGAAGGAGCUGAGCAGAGGAGUGGAGAGCAUUGUGGCUGUGGACUGGAAGCAUCCGAGGAUCACAUCUUUCAUCAUCCCUGAGCCCUCCCUGACCUCACAGACUGUGCAGGAAGGUAGCAGGGAACAGCCGUAUCACCCUCCAGAUAUAAAAGCCCUUUACUGUGUCCCUGCCAGCAUGACCCUGCUCUUCCAACAGUCUGGCUACAAGAAGGGGAGCACUCUCGAAGCCAGUGAGGUCCGAGCAAGCGUCAUUGACUAUGCCAAGAAAAAUGACCUGGUGGAUGCGAACAACAAGAAUCUAGUGAAAUUGGAUCCCAUCCUAUGUGACUGUAUCCUAGAGAAAAAUGAACAGCACACAGUCAUGAAGCUUCCGUGGGACAGGCUCUUGAGCAGAUGUCUUGAAAAACUGCAGCCUGCCCAUCAAGUGACCUUUGCUGGACAGGAGCCCAUUGUGAAGAAAGGGAAAAUUUGUCCCAUUGACAUCACCUUAGGACAGAGGGCUUAUAAUAAAAAGGUGACUGUGGUCAGAAACUUAGAGGCCUACGGUCUAGAUCCAUUUUCAGUGGCCACCAUCCUCCAGCAGCGAUGCCAGGCCAGCACCACUGUCACUCCUGUCUCUCAAGCCAAGGACAGUCUGCAGGUGCAGAUUCAGGGCAACCAGAUCCACCACCUGGGCCAGCUGCUGCUUGAAGAGUACAGGCUUCCGCGAAGAUACAUCCAAGGCCUGGAAAAGGCGCCCAAGCCUGGCAAGAAGUGACCGACUCGUUUUAGGUGGUGGAUUCCCCGGAAAUCCAGAUUCUGGGUUGGUAAUUUAUGAGCAUUUUCAGCUUUUGCAAAUUAAAAAUAUAAUUCUUUACCAAAAAUUUUUAUUGUAAUCUAAA